UCACGUGAUUUGUCAUCUGACGAAGACCAGCAAAGGAGGAAAUGUGGCUUCAAAACUAAGCCGUAAGAAAAUAGUACCUCAAAAAAUUAACAAUGUAUUGUUUAUGUAAGGGAAUAUUUCGUUUAGUACGGCUGUGGAUAGUCUGUGUGUCUCUUUUAGUUAAUCAUGGAUUCGCCGGUAAAAUGAAGAUAGUUGAAGAGCCCAACACAUUUGGGUUAAACAACCCUUUUUUGUCUCAGGGAAGCAGACUACAGCCUAAAGUCACACCAUCACCAGUAUCUGGCCCAGAGCAUCUUCAUCGACUUGCUGGAAAGUGCUUCAGUCUCACAGAGUCAACGUAUAAAUAUGAAUUCUGUCCAUUCCACAACAUCACUCAACAUGAGCAGUCAUUUAGGUGGAAUGCCUACAGUGGGAUACUGGGGAUCUGGCAGGAGUGGGAAAUGGCAAACAACACUUUCACAGGCAUGUGGAUGAGAGACGGCGAUACUUGUGGAACCAGAAACAGAGAAACAAAGGUGAUUCUGGUCUGCAGUGCAAGCAGCAAGCUUGCUCAAGUCUCAGAGCCCAGUACCUGUGUGUACUCGCUCACCUUUGAGACUCCGCUUGUUUGCCACCCACACUCCCUGUUAGUGUAUCCGACCCUGAGUGAGAAGCUACAAAGGGAAUGGGAUGAAGCAGAGCAGGCUCGCUAUGAGGGUCUUAUUACUGAGCAGGGAUACAACAAUCUCUUGAGGGAUAUUUUUGAGGAUGCUGGGCUCCUGAAAAGCCAUAAAGUGAAAGUCACUCUGCCAGAGGUUUCAGCGGAUUCAGAAAGACACAACUCUUUACAGAAAUGCACUGAGGACUAUCAAAAACAGAGGCAGGAGAUCGAGAGACUGCGCGCUCUCCUUACUCAACACAAUAUUCCUUUUGAUUCAAAGCCAAAUGAAGCAAAACCUACAGUGAGUGUGACGGUUAAGGACCAACACUUGAGAGGAGACAACGGCCUUAUGGACCUACAGUGAAAACCAUCUGGACUAAGUUACGAUCUCCGUUUACAAGCUACCUGACAGGACUUGAAGACUUUGAUGACCAAUCUGAGUAACACAGACACUAACUUGACUGCAUCGCUUUCACUGGGGCUGGAGAGACCACAGCUGAAAUUCAACAAAGAAAAAAUGACAUCAAUUUUGGAUCACACAAACUCGUCAGACUUUGUAGACUUUUUUAAAAGAAGUUGCGAAGCCCAGCAGCUCUCCAAGACUUUUAACAGAAAGCAUUAUGUUAUCAUAUGUUCAAAUUCUGUGUGCAUGCAAAAUCCUGAGAAAUAAAAAUGGUUUUUGGAAACAAAAAGUUCAAAGCA